GAGGUACAAACCCAACCAUAUUGGCUGUGUGUAAAGUGAAUGUACUGUUACCGUAUGCACAAGUGAAGUAGGAUUUUGGUGUUAUUUUCCUCCUCGACUUAUCAAAUGUUAUCGAGCCAUUAGGAAACGAGUGUCAACAUGCCGUUCCCAGAUAGGCUACAUGUAGCCCACUGUAUGGAGAGUUUGAUGUAUGAGGCAACGCUAUGACCCAACAUGCGUUUUGGCAAGUCGAGAAUGAGGAAAGGCGUUCAAGUUGCGAAGUGAACAAGCCCACCGGGAACACACACGGCUCAUGUCAAGUCGGCUCCGUUACUCUCCAGCCAUGGGAACUUUAUUAGACCGUCCAGUGAUACUGUUUCUCCUUAUGUUGUCAGCAUCAAAGGUUUUCGGUUCCAACAUCUGCACAUCACAAGGAGUCACCACUUGUCAACGGUGCUUGGCUGUUCACCCUACCUGUGCGUGGUGCUUUCAGGAGGAGUAUGGGAAGGGGGGAUCCAGUGCAUCCCGCUGCGACCUGAAGCAGAAUCUGCUGAAAGGAGGGUGCAGUAGUACAGCUGUGGAGUUUCCCUCCAGCACCCUGAGUAUUCAGGAGGACAAACCGCUCAGCGACAAGGCCUCGGGUACUGCUGACGAUGUCACACAGAUAAAGCCUCAGAAAAUCCAUUUGGCGCUAAGGCCAGGAGAUACCAAACAUUUCACUGUGUCAGUGAAACAGGUGGAGGAUUACCCAGUGGACCUCUACUAUCUGAUGGAUCUUUCAUUUUCAAUGAAGGAUGACUUGGCUCGCCUUCGCACCUUGGGCAAUGAGCUUGCAGUGGCCAUGGGCCGCACCACAAGCAACUUACGCAUGGGGUUUGGAGCCUUUGUGGACAAGACCACCAUCCCUUACAUGUACACCUAUCCUCCACAGACACUCACAAACCCUUGCUUUGGAAUUCACGACACAUGCCUGGCUCAAUUUGGAUUCAAGCAUGUCCUGUCACUGACGGAGAAGGUGGCUCGCUUCACCGAGGAGGUGGGGAAACAGCAGGUGUCUAGAAAUAGAGAUGCUCCAGAGGGUGGAUUUGAUGCCGUCGUGCAGGCUGUGGUGUGCAAGGACAAGAUUGGCUGGCGUCCGGAUGCCUCGCACCUUUUGGUAUUCACCACUGAUGCCAAAACUCACACCGCCCUGGAUGGACGUGUAGCUGGAAUUGUCCAGCCCAAUGAUGGACAGUGUUACCUUGAUAAUGAGAAUGUUUACAACAAAUCUGCUGUGCUGGACUAUCCCUCCUUGGCACUCAUAACAGACAAAAUGUCUGAAAACAACAUAAAUCUAAUUUUUGCUGUGACCAGCUACGUGGUGCCGCUUUACCAGGAAUACAGUCAGCUCAUUCCAGGCACAACUGUGGGAACUCUGUCCGAUGACUCUGGGAAUGUUAUUCAGCUCAUUCAGGAUGCUUAUGCGAAAAUUCGCUCUAAAGUGGAGCUGGAACUACUGGGAGUCCCAGAAGAGUUGAAUCUCUCCUUCAACGCCACUUGCCUAAAUGGAGAGGUCAUCCCUGGACUUAAGUCUUGCUCUGGCCUCAAGAUUGGAGACACAGUCUCAUUCAGUGUGGAGGCUCAGUUGCGUGGCUGCCCCAAAGAGAAGAGCCGCACUUUUACCAUCAAACCUCGAGGCUUCAAGGAUUCCCUGGAAGUCACGAUGGACUUUGCCUGUGGCUGCGAGUGUGAGGCGAAGGCCGAAACCAACAGUCCCGUCUGUAGCAACGGCAACGGGACCCACGAGUGUGGUGUGUGUCAGUGUCACCAAGGUCGUCUGGGCCCACACUGCGAGUGCUCAGUGGAGGACUACAGUCCAUCUGAUGAUGCCAACUGCAUCCCAAAGCCAGAGGGGCCAAUCUGCAGCGGGAGAGGAGACUGUUUGUGCGGACAGUGCUCCUGCCAUGCAAAUGAGUUUGGUCAGGUGUGGGGCAAAUACUGCGAAUGUGACGACUUCAACUGCUUGCGCUUCAAAGGGUCACUGUGCGCCGAUCAUGGGAAGUGCAGCUGUGGCCUCUGCCAGUGCGACGCAGGCUGGAAAGGAGAAAACUGUAACUGCUCCACACGUAUAGACACCUGCAUGUCCAGCAUCGGCAUGCUGUGCAGCGGCCGGGGGAACUGUGAGUGUGGGGUUUGUCAGUGCACUCAGCCUGGCGCCUACGGAGAAACCUGUGAGAAAUGCCCUACGUGUCCUGAUUCCUGCACUAUAAAAAAGGAGUGUGUUGAGUGUCAGCACUUCAAGAGAGGACAGUACACCGAUGACAACAGCUGCAGUAGAAUCUGCAAAGAUGAGAUUAAAGUGGUGGAUGAACUGGUUUUCCAUGAUAGACUUGCAGUGAAUUGCUCAUACAAAGAUGAGAAUGACUGCGUGGAGUACUUCCAGUAUUACGAAGAUGAAAGUGGCAAAUCCAUUCUGUUCGUGGUAAAAGAGCCAGAGUGCCCUCAGGGUCCAGACAUCUUAGUGGUGCUCCUGGCAGUGGCCGGAGCCAUCCUCCUACUGGGUCUUGUUGGCCUGCUCAUCUGGAAGCUGCUGGUCACCAUCCACGACCGCAGAGAGUUCGCCAAGUUUGAGGAGGAGAGAGCCAAAGCCAAAUGGGAUACGGCUCACAAUCCUUUGUAUAAAGGCGCCACUUCCACCUUCACCAAUGUAGCAUACAAAGGAAACUAACAACUAAAUGCAAAGAGCAAAACUCAGGGGUCAGCCACAGAGAUGGAAUGUAGUAGCAGAGAAAUGGAUUGAAAGAAGAUCUACACUGUAGCUGAAAAGUAGUUAAUGCUGUCAAUAAUGAUAACAGUGGUGUUAUAAUUGUAAAUAUUUUAAAAAAUAACAAACUGUUAAUGUACGUCACAGGCGGUUUCCCGCUAUCAGGCUUUCUGUUUUCACACUAUGUCACAUGGUUUUCUCUAAGUACUCUACAUGCAAUCAGAUAGGAGUUGAUUAACAUAAACAACUAUACUGUCUGUUUACAGUAAGGGUGUUGCACCGAAAUCUGUGAUGAGUCGAGAUCUGUGUCCCUCAUUCUAAAAUGCGUAGCACCCCCUCCGUAGUUAGGGUUAGGGAUAAGGGUUUGGUUCAGGUUUAGGUAGGGGGACACAGAUCUUGACGGGUCAAAGCUUUCAGUGCCACACGGGGAACUGCUGCUGAAAGUGGUCUUUUUACCACUUCAGGUUCUACCACUGCAAUAUUAGAUGUUUACAUUUUUUUUAGUAUGACUUUUUAGUUUGGCUCACAUUUUGAAAUUGAAAUAGGAAUAACCAUUGCCUAAUUGUAAUAAGUAGGUAUAGAAAAUACAUGAAUGAAUGGUCUUUUUGAAUCCCUCUUCAGUGUCUUUUCUUGUAAAAAAUGUAUUUUGUUUUCUGGGAGUAAAUCUCCUUAACUGCAGCCUGUAGGCCGACUUGGUUUACAGUGAUGUUUGUGGUCUAUAUUGUUAUUGAAAUGCAUAUCAUUAAUGGGAACUUUAUAAAUGCUUUGACAUGUUUCUUUAUCCCUGCACCAUCACCUGUGUUUGCGUUGGUUGGGUUUUCUAUUAUGGCAAAAAUAAUCUUGCCAUUGCUGAAUUGUAAAAUAUUUCAAUUUUCUACUGACCAGCACUGUGUUACACUGAAAUGCCAAAUUGUUCUUUUGUGUAUGAGCAUAUUUUAUUGCACAUCAAAUGUGAUUGGCCAUAAUGCAGUGUAAUUUUUGAUAAUGAACAAAUUUAAAUUUGCGUAACCUCAAUAUGGGAGAAAAUAGCACAAUGUGAGGUGUAUUUCAGUUACCUUAGGAGAUGGCUUGCACACCUGUUGCAUAGUUGUUUGAUUUUGUGCACCGUUUUUAAAGAUGCAUGGGAUUUCGCUGUAGUUACACAAAGGGAAUGUUAAAUAUUAAAAUAUAUACCUGACUUUGACUGAUUUUAGCCUUUAUUAAGAGCAGACUUACAAGCAACAAGUUGCUAAAAUUUCUGAAAUAGAAAAAGUUAUUUAACUCUUUCUGUAUUCCCUCUGUGAUGUUGGUCGGCAAUACAUUUUGGUGGAACAUUACAAUAAAUAUCACUGAUGCCCUGUGUGAUUUCAAUGAGAAGGUGAAUGUUUCAUUCUGCCUCCCAGCUUUAUUCAAACACACAGCAAGCUAUUUCACAAACACACAAAUGACUAAAUGUAAACAUUGAAAAUCAUUAAAUUAAGCAGAGAGAUAUGUAUAAAUCCUAAAUCCUUAAUUAAUGUUUUCUUUGAGUCAUAUAUGUCACAGAAGUAUAUUGAAGAAAGAAUGAUUCGUUAGCUAGGUUUUUACAUUCAAUUCAAGCAAGUUCACUGUGAUGUGGGUGUUAUUCUAAUCAAAUAAAUGUCAGCCUGCAGAGGCGAGUCCUUUGACCACA